UGUCAAAUGACAAUCGAAUCACGUCAAUUGUCAAUACGCGCAUGUAAAAAUUGAAUUAUAGAAAUUGUAUUUUUGAAAUAGAAAAUAACUAUUUAUUAAAUUAGAAACUUAAAAAUUUAGAACCAUGGCAGAUGAUCAAGCAAUUAAUGGAAGUGCCGAAGACUUACCAGCAGAAAAGAAUCAAAAAAAGGUUGCCAAAUACGAUAGUGGAGCAGCCGAUCUAGAAAAAGUUACAGACUAUGCAGAAGAAAAAGAAAUUUCUACCCAAGAUGUAGCAAAUGCAAUAUCAGCUAUAGGUGAUAGAAGAAAUAAAGAUGCUCUAGAAAAACAAGCUAGAGAAAAAGAACUAUUGAAAGUAUCAAUUAAAAAGGAAGAUGUGGAUUUGAUUGUUCGGGAAAUGGAAAUAUCUAGAACUUUGGCAGAAAGGACUCUUAGGGAAUAUAAUGGGAAUGUUGUGAAUGCUUUGGUAUCAUUGACCAAUUGAACUUUAUUUUAUUAUAUUAACAAGAACAAUUUUAGUCAUUACAGUAAGAAUAUUUUCUAAAUAAAACAGUGAACACUA